GUCAUUCUUCAAAGCGCCACUAGAGGUCAGUAAAGUUACUCGUGUGAAAAAAUUGACACGCAUCUUCCGGAACUCUCAAAUCUCUGCAGUGUUUUCUCGCAAAUCCAGGUUAUUCGGCGCUCGCGUGAAUCAUCAUGUGUUCGGUACAGAUGUCAGACGGCUCGGUUCGUUUGGAGAUCUGCGGGGAUCAGCCGCUCUUUUACCGGCAGGCGCUUCCCGCGGUGGGCUGCCCGAAGCUCUGCGUCCUGCUGCUGCACGGGAUCCGCUUCUCAUCGCAGAACUGGAGGGACAUCGGGACUCUGGAGGCCGUAGCUGCCGCGGGGCACCGAGCUGUGGCGAUAGACCUGCCAGGUUUGGGUCAGUCGAAGGCUGUGAAUGCUCCGGCUCCGGUCGGUCAGCUGGCUCCAGGUGUGUUCCUCAGGCAGCUGUGUGAGGGUCUGCAGACCGGUCCUGUGGUGAUCAUCAGCCCGUCUCUCAGCGGCAUGUACUCGCUGCCGUUCCUCUGCCAGCACUCCGAGCAGGUCAAGGCAUACAUCCCUGUGGCUCCCAUCUGCACUGAGAAGAUCUCAGCAGAACAGUACAGCGGCAUACUGACCCCAACGCUUAUUGUCUACGGCGAUCAGGACACUCAGCUUGGGGAAGUGUCGCUUAGCAACCUGAGCCAGCUGCCCAAUCACAAAGUGGUUGUAAUGAAGGGGGCAGGGCAUCCUUGUUACCUUGACGAUCCAGCGACCUGGCAUAAGGCAAUCCUGGACUUCUUGCAGUCAUUGUCGUGAUCAUCAUUUUGAACAUUCCAGUAAAAGUGCACUAUGACCAUUAAUGGAACAACUGAAAACAUUCUUUUUAAUAACUGAUGACUAUGAAGUAGCCUACGCAUCAAUUUAACAUAAAAUAUGAACUUAUUAUACAGCCGAUAGAGGAAUGGGGCUAAAUCCAAUUUAUUACAGGAGCCAGAAGGACUUUGAUUCUAUUGUCAUAUCAUUUUUGCUAUUCUAUGACUUAAUUGUAAGGAAGCUAUGCUAAAAACAAAUGUAAAUGCAUUAAAAAGAUAAUGUAGGACUUUUAGUUUUAUAAAAUCAUACGUAUCAGAAUAGCAAUGUUCUGUAUGGAAAAGUAUAGUACAAAAUUGCGUGACCACACCUUCUUAUCUGCAUAUUUAAUUAGCCCAAAUUAAUCCACUGCUGGUAGGUGUAUAAAUUCAGUUUAAAAAAACAAUAGCUCCAAGUCUAAUUUCUAAUUGGUUGAGCCGCAUUUGAACAGUGGCUUCACAUCAUGCCUAAGAACAGCUCAAACCUGUGGUAAAAAUCAUUGUAACAUGCAUAACAUAGCAUGCUGCCUUUUGAUUGGUUAAUUUUAGGGUGGUGAACAGCAAGUGCUCACCAUCAGACUGAUGAGUUUGGAAUGAUAUUUUUCAGCAACAUUUGCAUGUCAAGUGUCAGUGUAAUUUUCAGCAGUGUUAGGGUUCUACAGGUUUUGUUUAGUUUUGUGUGGUCUGAAGCAUGAUGUAAUUACUAAACAUUCAGUUUAUGCAUUAUUAAGAAAGCAUAAUAUUUUCAUACAUUUCUGCAUCAUAAUGAUUUCUCUUUACUUUGCAAAGUCAGGUAACACUUAUUCCACUCCAUUUCUUUCCAUUUAGCUUAUUUUAAACACACUUUAAGAAUGUAGUACAACAUUAAAGGAAUAUUCCGGGUUCAAUACAAGUUACGCUCAAUCGACAGCAUUUAUGGCGUAAUGUUGAUUACCUUAAAAAAAUGAUUUUGAAACAUUCCUCCUUUCCUGUAAAAGAAAGCAGAUAUCAAGGUUACAGUGAGGCACUUACAAUGGAAGUGAAUGGGGCCAGUUUAGGAGGGGUUUAAAGGCAGAAAUGUGAAGUUUAUAAUUUUAUAAAAGCACUUACAUUAAUUCUUCUGUUAAAACCCAUGUAUUAUUUCAGCUGUAAAGUUGAUUAAAUUGUAAAUUUUACAGCCAUUUUAGGGUUUGUUGACAUAACGUCGUCAUGGCAAUGACGUUGUAAAAUUUUAACUUUACACAGAUGUGGUUAGUAAAUGAUUUUCUCCCACUAAAAUCAAACUUAAAUUUUUUUUUUUUUCUCCCAAUUUGGAAUGCCCAAUUCCCAAUGUGCUCUAAGUCCUUGUGAUGGUGUAGUGAUUUGCCUCAGUCCGGGUGGCGGAGGACGAAUCCCAGUUGCCUCUGUGUCUGAGACAGUCAACCUGUGCAUCUUAUCAUGUAGCUUGUUGAGCACGUUGCCACAGAGACAUAGCAUGUGUGGAGGCUUCACGCUAUCCACUGUAGCAACCAUGCUCAAUUCACCAUGCGCCCCACCGAGAACAAACCACAUUAUAGUGACCAUGAGGAGGUUACCCCAUGUGACUCUACCCUCCCUAGCAACUGGGCCAAUUUGGUUGCUUAGGAGACCUGGCUGGAGUCACUCAGCACGCCCUGGGAUUCGAACUAGCGAACUAGCAAACUCCAGGGGUGGUAGCCAGCGUAUUUUACCACUGAGCUACCCAGGCCCCUUUUAAAGUGGUAUUUUAACAUUAAACAAUUGUCCCCAUUCACUUCCAUUGUAAGUGUCUCACUGUAACCCCGAUUUUUGCUUUUUUU